GGGAGUGGGGUCCUGUUGCGGAGCAGAGCCGCACAGCUCUUCCGAGCUCCCCCGCGGGCUCUGCCAUGCCCUCGCUGUGCUGCGGCGGAGUGGCCGCUCCACAGGGCACGGCAAGCGCAGCACCGCAAUCACUUCCCCGCUGCGCAGUUUUUUAGCCCCCCCGCCCGUCUCCCUUCGGUUUCCGCUUUCGGCCGCACCCUUCCGCUCCCGCCGUGCCCCGCGCCAAAUCAUGGACCACAAUGACAAUGAUUUGCAAGGAACAAAUAGUUCAGGAUCUUUGGGUGGUCUUGAUGUUCGUAGAAGAAUCCCUAUAAAACUUAUCUCAAAACAGACCAAUAAAACCAAACCUGCACCUCGAACUCCAAGAAAUAUGAACAGGAUGCCCUCAAAGUCACAAGCCGGUGAUGAAGAAGAAUUUGAUUAUAACAAAGAGGAGCGAUAUGAAUGCAAAGGAGGUGAAAUAUUUGGCAAUCAGAGGAGAUUCCCCGGACCCAUUUUUUGGGAUUAUAAGAUAAACUUGCUGGGGGAAAAGGAUGACACACCGGUUCAUUUCUGUGAUAAGUGUGGAUUGCCCAUCAAAAUGUAUGGACGCAUGAUACCUUGCAAGCAUGUUUUCUGCUAUGACUGUGCUAUACUGCAUGAGAAAAAGGGAGACAAGAUGUGUCCAGGCUGUAAUGAACCUGUGCAGCGAAUCGAGCAGUGUGUACGAGGGUCUCUCUUCAUGUGUAGCAUUGUUCAGGGGUGUAAGAGAACUUACCUGUCCCAGAGGGACUUACAAGCUCACAUCAACCAUCGUCAUAUGAGAGCUGGAAAGCCUGUUACUCGUCCUCCAAUUGAACCUGUACAUCCUCCCAUUGCACCACCACCUGCUGAAAUUCCUGAGCGUUUCAUAAUGCCACCUGAGAAACAUCAUAUGAGCCACAUUCCACCAAAGCAGCAUAUCCUGAUGCCACCACCUCCUUUACAGCAUGUGCCACAUGAGCACUACAACCAGCCACACGAAGAUAUUCGUGCACCUCCUGCAGAGAUGUCUAUGGCACCACCACCACCUCGCCCAGUCAGUCAGGACACCUUCCGCAUUUCAACAAGAAAACACAGCAACUUAAUAACGGUCCCUAUUCAGGAUGAUUCAAAUUCAGGUGCUCGAGAACCACCUCCACCAGCCCCUGCACCUGCUCAUCAUCAUCCCGAAUACCAGGGUCAACCAGUGGUAUCACACCCUCAUCAUAUUAUGCCUCCACAGCAACAUUAUGCACCACCACCCCCACCACCUCCACCAAUAAGUCAUCCUCUGCAGCAUCCUCCCCAGGCAGCAGGUACUCCUCACAUGGUAUAUAGCCAAGCUCCUCCACCACCAAUGACCUCUGCUCCUCCUCCAAUAACCCCACCACCUGGACAUAUUAUUGCCCAGAUGCCACCAUAUAUGAAUCAUCCUCCUCCAGGACCUCCUCCUCCUCAGCAUGGAGGCCCUCCUGUAAAUGUAAAUGCACCCCCUCCCCAUCACUAUAACCCUAACUCGUUGCCACAGUUCAGUGAGGAUCAAGGAACUCUUAGCCCCCCUUUCACACAGCCUGGGGGAAUGAGUCCAGGGAUAUGGCCAGCUCCAAGGGGGCCACCUCCACCUCCAAGGAUGCAAGGGCCUCCUGCUCAGGCCCCACUUCCUGGACCACACCACCCUGAUCAAGCCAGAUACAGACCCUAUUACCAAUGAUAUGUGCAGUUGUGUGAAUAGAGAGUGCUAUGAAGAGGAUAGAACUAUGUACAACAUCCUUUUAAUUGAAUGGGGCUUCUUUUGUUGUGCUUUUUAAAAAAAUACUGUCAUUUUGACUGUAAGACCAUUGGGGGUUUGAAUCUUUUAAGCCUUGGUCAUAAGACUCUGUCUUCAAAUAUUCAGUAGUGCUAAAAUGAGUGGUGUAGUAUACCACAGUUGCAUUUUAACAGAGCUGUCUCUAGUGUGGCUAAAUUGUCCUAAGAUGAACACUUGUAAUAUUAUUUCCUGGAAAAAAUGAACAUGUGUUGUACCAUUCUGAAUAUUGUUUUUGUUAAAUCCAGUGUUUAGUUUCACUUGUGCUAUGUUUUUGUUAACCUGUGUACAAUAAUUAAAUUGAAAUAUGGUUGUAAAAGUGAUGGGUUUUUAUACGAAGUUAACACAGACAUGAUUCUGAGACUAUUUCAACGCUAAUAAUUUCUGGAGGGGCAGUGUAAUGAAAAUUUAAAGGAAAUCUAAUAUUUCUCCUACUAAUAGUUGCUGUUGCUUAUAACAAAUUCAGGCUGUGGUGAACUCAUGCCACUAAAAAUCAGAUAUGCAGAAUACUGCAUUUCAGUUUAGUUUUUUUUUUUUUUAAUUUAUGCAGCAGGAUAAAGUUUCAGAAAAUAAAACCCAUGUAAUAACGUAUUGCGGGAUCUGGUGAGGCAUUUUUGUUUGAGUUUUGGGGAUUGUGGGUUUGUUAUAUAAACCUGGUUUUAAUUCAGAAAGUUCUGCUUACAUGUACAGUGCUCACUGAAGUUGAGUUCAUACUGUUUACCUCUGGCUGUGUUUGUGUGGAAAUGGCUGUGAACUGGUUUUGCCAAGCCUGAGAAGCCGCUGAUACUAGGUAGGAAAGUGGUGUUUGCCUCUGUCACUAUAUAUAGUAUGUACAGUCGGAAAGCUUCCCAUCUGGACAACCUGAAAGAGGUGAUCUGAAAUCCCAUAUCUAGGUACAAAGAAAUAAAAAGCUACACAUCCUUUAUCUGUUUUGAUUUUGUGAUACAGAUUUAGAUGAGCAGUCAAUAGUUAGGUGGUUUGCUUUGUUUUUCAAAAAGGUGGGUCCUCAAGUCUCUUCUGGCCUGGAGUUUAUGUUUUAUAAGCAUACUUUUAAAAUACAACUAUAAAACGUUUUUUAGUGCAGCUGCCGGCAGAACCAGACAAUAAUAGUAAUGGAGUGAUUAUCUUUCCAUUUCUAAGCAAUGUUAUUGCUGAACUUCUGGGUUUUUGUUCAAAAUGCCACUUUCCUUGCAGUGGUACAUUUAGAUGGAGAAAUCCUGUGUUUUUUUUUCCUAAGGUUUGUAAUUUCCUACUGUUCUUGAGUGAUCUGAAGCAUCUUAAAGCCUCUGUGUUACGAUUUAUUUUGUAAAGCUUUCUUCCUGGCUCUUAGGUGUUGAAUUUGUGGAAGAGCUUUGGCAGUGCAUCAUUCCAAAAUUUAUAAACUGUAUCCUUUAAAUUACUGCAGCAAGGGCUCUUCAGACUUAGUCUCUGUCCUUGACUGCCAUUGAUGCCUUCAUGGCCACAAGCGAAUGUAGACUACUUUUCAAACAAAUAGUGACAUACAGAUGAAUUCUGAGUCAAAUUCUAGGCUGUACAAAUGGCCAGUGUCAAGUAGUUAAAAGUCUGCUUAGCUGUAAUAUGAUUCUUUCUAAGAGAUCUUUGUUUUGGUUUAUCUGAAAAGUAAUUUAAAAUAAAACACUGGUGCAGAAAAAGGA